GCAUCGAUGGCCUCUUGGGCUCAGGUCAGGCAGCCAUAUUUGAUGGAUCUUCAGCCUCUUUCCAAACUUCCAACACCAUCGCGUUUGCAGCAGUCGGCUUUCUGGAAUUGCUGCUAUCGAUCCCACUUGCAUAUUUGAUGCCGCGCGCCGUCCGAUCUCUUCGUCUUCAUGGCUGAUUCCACGCAGACGGACGCAAUGUUGACCGGCAGCCUGUUCAGCUAUGACUCGGUUCCUCUGUCAGAUCCGUCAACCCAAAUUCGUCUGAUCGACCUCCAUCCCGCUUCUAGUUAUACGGACGACCUAUACUGCUACAUCUACACUGCGCCUAUCUCCCAGGCGCCCAGCUAUAUCGCGCUUUCAUACAUUUCAGUGGUCAAUGAAGUCAACGAUGGCAGAGCUUUUAUACCACUUCCCCUGACAUCAUCCCUGGAUACUUGCCUCCGUCAUCUUCGAGAACUCCAACGCCGGUGGCAGCUUGAGCCCCUGCCUCUGUGGAUUGACCAGAUAUGUAUCAACCAGGAAGACAACGAGGAAAAAUCCUUCCAGGUCAUGCUCAUGAAGGAUAUCUACUCGUCUGCCCAUCAAGUCAUCGUUUGGCUAGGCCCUGCUGCUGACGGCUCCGACAAAGUAAUGGAUGCCUUUGCAGAAAUCGGUCAAGAAUUCCUCGAUAAGAUCGGCGACCAUACCUCAGAAGAGCAUCUGCUUUCCGUCGGUCGCCUCAUUGAGGAAAAUAUUGAACAGCCUGGUGUCGUUGCUUUCUUGAGUAAGGCAUUCAAGGUUUUUCUUGGAUUGAAAAGGGAACGCUCUUUUACGCGCUGGGUGGAAAGAUCAUGGUUCACGCGAGUGUGGACUAUACAGGAGUUCUGUCUCUGUUCGGAUACGGUUUUUGCUUGUGGCUACGAGGUCGUCCCUGAGAGAUUUAUUUCCGCAGUAGUCGAUUUUACGAGGUGCAUUGUACUGGACAGAUGUUUGCGUGAACGUCUAGAGACACCUGACACACCUACAUAUUCCAACCUCGCCUCAGGGUUCGUUAAAUUACACAAGCUCUUUCAGCAUCGGGGGCACAGCCAGUACCUGGAUCGGAAAGAAACCCUGGAACACCUCCUUGCGGAAGUCUUUGUAGGAUCUACACCGUCGUACGUUACAAAUAAGCGCGACAAAGUGUACGGACUCCUUGGCUUAGCGGGGGACGCGGAUGAGCUUGGUAUUCGGCCGGAUUAUUCUACGUCAACGACCAUUGCGCAAGUGUUGACGCAAACCGCAAGAGCGAUAAUCGAAAAGAAAUGGAAAACACAACGGAUCAGAGGUCUAUACAUCAUUCGUUACGGGAGUUUGGGACGAAGAAAUUCUGCCCAAUCAGGGGAAGCAAUGAGCAGCAGCACCAAGAACGAGAUGGAACUACCGUCAUGGGUGCCUGAGUGGAACAGCAAAACAAUAAAGACGUAUGUAGCAACUACGUCAUACUCAGCCUGUGGGAAGUUCAGAAUAGCGGAUUUGGUGCCUACUUCAUCCCCUACCAUUCUGGGCGUCCGUGGCUUUUACGUGGAUACUAUCGUGGAUUUAGGAGAGCAGGCACAGGUUAACCGCCUGCAUUGCCCUGACGGUCCUAAGAAAAUCCUUGCAUUUUUCGACUCCGUCAAGAGGCUGUUAAACAUGUCCAAGCAGAACAAAUGUGCCAAAAACAUAUAUGCAACUACUACUCAUCAUGAUGCUGCCCUAUGGCGAGUGCCCAUUGGGGAUCAGUAUAUCGCGUAUGGAGUUGGCCACCAACCCUACAAAAGGACAGACUCAAAACUGGAAUCACUCUAUCGGAAAUUCGUCGCAUACUACGAGGACUGGGCAAGCCGGGAAGAUGAUUGGAAUGACUAUAUGGCAGCGUACAAAGCUGGAGAUAAGCAGGCCAACUUGGCGAUGGAAAUGCACAUGGACGAGCUCCUGGCGGAGGGAUAUUAUCUGGCCUUGGGGAACAUGCGUUGCAAGCGCCCGUACCUCACAAAGAAUGGAUAUCUGGGCAUGGGCCCAGGGCACUCACAGCCCGGCGACAAAGUGGUUGUAUUUCACGGCGAUGUAAUACCAUACGUGGUACGACCGGGGGACAACACGUACCUUUUGAUGGGGGAAGCAUACUGCGACGGGAUUAUGGACGGGGAACUCGCUGAUACAGCGGAGAGGGAGGAUUUCUAUCUUAUUUGA